AUGAACAACAAGCAUGCCUUGAAGCAGCAACAGAGGACUCCACAGCGAAGAUCCAAUCCAGUUGACGACUCGGAUGAGUGGGAGGACGCCGACGUGGAGACAGCCCUCGAUCUUACGACGAUGAGCGAGAGCAGCAGUCGGGUCUCUGAAGGGUCGAGGAAGCAGCCGUCAACUCCUAGGAGGCAGAUCAAGGUGGCCAGAAGUGGAGGGACGCCAAAACGACAUGGUCUUACCACACCUCAGAGGAGAUCAAAUAGACCUUCCGAGUCCUCAACGCCGGUCGCUCGAGCUGCCGCUCCCGUGAAGACUCGCGCUGGUGCUCAACAAUCAAACACAUUCGGGAAGAUUCUCCAUACCACUCUGUCUGUUGCCUUUGAAAUAUUGCUCUGGUCCAUCCGCCUCUUUCACGUCAUACUCGCGCCUUUCUAUCCGUAUGUCGCUGCGGGCGGUGCCAUUCUGCUCCUCAUCAGCUUGACCACACACCUUCUCUUGGACUCCCUUCCCCCUCUCUUGUUUCGAAUACCUGGCCAUCUCUUGCGACUCGUCUUGCCAUCCUUGCCCUCCUUUGCGUGGUGGACAGCACCAGAUACCGACACUGCUGUGGGGCAAGGAGUGGCUCUUCUCCCACUACGCCUGCUUGCCACGCCCGUCUGCACGUUCACCGGUCAAGCGUGCCUAUUGUCACUCGCAUCGAAGCGGGAGUCACAGGCCGGAGAGACGCGGAUGAUCAAAGCUCGUCCAUUUUGGGAAUGGCAGCUCACUUCAGCGAGGAAUGCAGUGGACGUCGGUAACGUUGCUCGGAAUCUGGCCAAAGAGGCAUCAGGAGCCAAGAGCAUAUUCGAGAGUGUGGCGAGAUUAAGUGAGGGAGGAUUGAUGGACAGAUUAGAGCAUGUUAGAAUUUGGGAGCUUGGCGUGGCUGUUCAAAUCGGGUCCAAUCUUGAGGAUAGGGAAAUGCUUGGUCAAGGGUUGGUCGAGCUCGGCAACAAUGCCAAAGAUCUCUCCGAUGAGCUGGUGGAGAUCAACGCCAUGGCCAUCAACGCGUUUACUUGGCUCCAAUGGGAGUUUGCCUCAGUUUAUAGGACUCUAUCGCUACCUCAGGGUCAAUUGUCCUCGGCACAGAAGCUCGCUGAACGCCUCAACGGCCUUCUCAACAAACUGUCCGACACAUUGACUGAUCUUCACCGACUCACGUCGCGCGCACAUCUCACGGCUGUCCGAGGAUCCGAUCAAGGUAAUCGUUUGCGGACGAACCUCGGCCUGAUCAAUGCGGAUCUCGUCAGACAAAACGAGGUCGAACCGGGUUGGAAAGCAGCCGUGGAAAAGGUCAAUCACUUUUUCGUCGGUGGAGAGCCUUCGAAAAUGGAACGGAUAAGGCGAGACGUCAAGAUCACUCGCCAAACAAUCGAGAGUCUGUCGACGAUCAUCCAGGAUCUGGAAAUAUCAAGAACUCAGAUCAAGAGCUUCAGAGAUCAGAUUGGGCAGUUUGACGCGAGCAUGAUGGGCUUUCAUAUGGGUGCCAAUGCUGAACAUGGUAUUGGACCCGAGGAGGAGUUGAGGAUCCUGGCGGACGUGGUUGCCGAGUUUGGUCAGUCUAUCGGGAGAGCCAAGGGUGGAGGGAGUGGGGCGGAACGCAGCAGCGAGAGCGAUUCGAGGCGAUUAGAAGCUUAA